ACUUGUCACUUUCAGUAUAGAAGUGUCAAGAAUAUAAUGUUUAAACUUCCUUCAUUGUUCUGCUUAAAAACCCUAUCCAGGAAUAUAUCAUUGGGUCGAUAUGAGAGGAACGUGUGCUGGCCGAGACCAGACUACGGGCCGAUGGAGGUCCAAAGGUCUGAGCUAUUGAACGGCAUCAGGGUCGCCGCAGUGAAACCUCUAGGCUCCCAGAUCGGUGCUUGCACUAUUAUGUACCAGGCGGGAACUCGUUACGAGUGGGAUGACCACAUCGGUGCGGUCCACUUCAUUCGCGUGGGAGCUUCCACAUCAGGGUGCGGAUACUCUUCUUUCUCCAAGAUGCGGUAUCUGCAGCAGAAUGGCGCGACUAUCACAUGUUCCACUGAUAGACAGAAAAUCUCCUUCACUCUGCGUUGUCCGGUCACCAGCUAUCCGGAACUGAAGCAUUACUUGCUGGAUACAGCUCAAAGGUGUUGUUACAACCAAUGGGAAUUAGAUGACCGCAAGCAACUGAUACGAGAAGAUUUGACGCGUGUUCAUCCAGAACAGCGCGUAAUAGAUUUGGUCCAACGAGCUGCCUUCAUCGGACCUUUAUCCAACUCAGUGUUCUGUGAAGAAGAGAGAAUUGAUGGCAUGACGGAGAACAUGGUGAACUGCUUCGCCAAAACCCAUUUUAGAAGCGACGCCUGUAGCAUUGCCAGUAUUGGAGUCCCAUUUGAAGAGACGUUAAAAUUGGCUGAGAAAAUUGAAUAUAAAAGAGAGAAACCUCCACCGCGAUGGGAAUAUAUGGCAUGCCAUCGCAGCGGGUUCGAGCUGUACGAUCUGGGACCUGGUAGCGACACCUGGAUAGCUGUUGCAGUGCCUGGCUGCGGUACUUGCGAUAUAAAUAGCCUGUUGAAACAUGCAAUAGUGGCUGCUGCCUGUGGUACUGGCAACAUGCAAGUCGGCCAGCACUCUCUCGACAGGACCCCGCAGCCUCCGCUCGGCACGAUGGCCGGGGAAGAUGUCCACACUGAGUAUAAGGCAUUCAAUAUUUCUUAUAAGGAGACUGGAUUAUUUGGAAUAGUAGCUAAAACUCGUGCCUCCACUGCAUUCAAAGUGGCGCUUUCAGCUGCUGAAUUUCUAGCAAAUGUCGGUGAUUUAGACGUCAAUCAGAUUCAAGUCGGGAAGCGAAGACUGAAGUUAAGCAUGGCGAUUAACGACGACAACUGCAUCAACGUGACUGAGGGUAUGGCGUUACAGCUCGCCAAUAACAUACAGAUGGACAGCGCUAAAAGUGCGCUGUGCAUGAUUGAACUUCUGAGUCCUGAUGAGAUUUCGUGCACGGCCAAAGAACUGUCUUCUAAACGUGGAUGCAUGUCUGUGGCAGUUGUUGGUGAUAUUGGAGCUGUUCCACACGAUAGAGAGUUAAUAUGUCAGUAAUUUUAACAAUGUCAAGUUAUUUAAAAUAAAAAUUCUUUGUUGAUACCCAUAUUGUUUAUUGAAUGGACCUUAUUAUACUAGAUAAGAAAUCAUUUAUACAUGUACAAAUGUUUUAUCUAAUCUAUCAUUUUACACAUACGCACUUUCACGCGCCAAUACGCGUUCACGAAGGAAACAAUGUGCUAAGAGAACGAGAAAGACUGCGCGCGCAGUGAGCCCAUUCUACUAUCGUGCGUGAUUUAGCGCCUUUUUCAUUUAUUAUCAUUGUAAAAUGGCGGACAUGUGACUACGGAGCAAAGACAAUUAUAGAGUCAUUGUUAGUUUAGAAACAUUAAACUUAUCUGUGGAAAAUAAUAUCAAUGGUAUAAAAAAU